GUAGUCUCUUUAUCCAGUCGCUCAAUAGAGGUGUGGCAAACGUGAGGAGCUCUAGAUAUUUUUUUGGGGACUGCAACUCCCAUCAUCCCUGGCCGCUGACGACGGUGGCUAGGAAUGAUGGGAAUUGGAGUCCAAAGACAUCUGGCGGGCUGCGCUUCCCUCCACACACACUGGACCAAGGGAUACGAAAUGCUUCCGUAGAGAGCUGAGGCUAGAAAGUAUCAUAGGCGCCGGGAGUGGAAGGGUUGGAACGGGGGGCUUGAAUCAGGAAUGAGACCGGAGGGUGACGCCAAUUUGGGCCUUCAUGAGUCGGGUGGGUGUUAGGCGUCUAAAGCAGUGCCUGCACGGGGAUCCCAACCCGCCUCUUGGCUCUGCCUUUCCCUUUUCUGAGGGGGUCGUCGUGCCUCAAGGCGAGGCCGAUUUCCGGGGUCUUCAAGGAGUCUGAGGCGGAGGGAGGCGGAGCUCCCGCUUCGUUUGAGGGGCGGAAUUCGGCGGCGGCGGAGCUGCCAUGCGGAUUCGCGGAGGAAGCAGCCCCGCAGGGGAUCCUCGGCUGAAGCAUCGGAUUAAGCAGGUACCGCUUCGUUUCUCUCCCUUGGUCCUUCGCUUAUGGGGCGGACUCCCCAUAAGCUGAGCCGCCUGGGCUUUUUUUUUGCACCCCGGGCAAGGAAAAGCGUGCCUCUGAGCCUACUUAGAUUGCUUUUGCCGCACUACGCCAACCCAGCAGCCGUAGCCAGGUCUCGCACAUCCAGCAUUAGGAGAGAACUGGGCGAUCAAGUCCGUACGUAGCACUUUUGUUCUGCAGACCAAGUUGAUUUUUAUUUUACCUUGAACUGAAUUAAUAUAUAGUUGCGGGAUAAAUUUAAAGCCCCAUCCUUACCAUCUUCGGUUUGGAAAUAAGUCCCAAUGUGUCUGGCGGGAUUGAUUUGCGAGUGUAUUUUGGAGUCAUGCAACCUAGGCGUGUUUAUCAUGUCUGCCGAGUUCAGUGGAUUUUUAAUCACAUUGAACAUCCUCCUCCUAUGAAAUCAGUGGGCAUAUUGCUAUACCUGCAGUGAAACAGGUAGGCAUGUCCUUGUCAGAUAGCAUAGGAUUGGGCUGUUGGUCUUUAGUGUGAGAUGGACAAGUUAAAUGCUGAUGGUAGAAGGUAUUGUGCCAUGCUUUUAGACCAUGGGCUUCGAAAUGGUUGAGCUGAGAGGGAGUGAGUAAAUAAAUCCCUUGCUUCUCUUCACAUUAUCACAAUUCACAUUUGUAAAAAGCAGUGCUAGAACCUUCAUACAAUGAGCAAUUGUUUAUUUGAUGUUUGUCUAAAAACUAAAAAACCACAAUUGAAUUUCAUAAACCUAUCACGUAUGCAAAUACUGUACUAAAGUUAUUUUUUAUAUUUAAAAAAUUGUAUCAAUUACAGUACCUGAAGAGUAACAAAUGUGGCAAGUAUGUUGACAUUGGAGUUUUAGCUGCUGAGCUACAGAAAACAUACAGGUAAGCUAUUGAAUUCUUACACUUGCUUGAUGAUAAACACAAGGACCGGGCUUAUACAGAACUGUAAAGUGUGGUUUAGUAUUAUGUACAUGAGCCUUAGGGACUCACAUGCUUCUCCUUUCCCUGCUCCUAUUUACAGUGAUGCCAGUGGAGGAGCAGAGAAUGGGGAUUGGAAGUUUUUGUUUCCAUUUUCAAAUAACCACAAUAGUUAAUUUUGUCUAAUCACCAUUUGUCCAGCCUCAGUGUUAGGGAAAUAAGCCAACUUCAAGUCAUGGUUUAUUAUCCUGGCUUUUUUUUCUAAACCAUGGGUAGGCAAACUAAGGCCCAGGGGCCAGUUCCAGCCCAAUCUAAAUCUUCUAAAUCUAAAUCCGACCCGCGGACGGUCCGGGAAUCAGCAUGUUUUUACAUGAGUAGAAUGUGCCCUUUUAUUUAAAAUGCAUCUCUGGGUUAUUUUUUGGGCAUAGGAAUUAGUUCAUUCCCCCCCCCCAAAAAAAAAUAUAGUCUGGCCUCCCACAAGGUCUGAGGGACAGUGGACCAGCCCCCUGCUGAAAAAGUAAGCUGACCCCUGGUCUAAACUAUAGUUAACACUAACAAUGACGGAUUGGAUCCUAAAAUUCCUAGGCACUCUGAUGUGUCCUGAUGAAUAGCAGAGUCCCAGAAGUGUAUAUUUGUAGUGAAUGUAGUAAUAAAACACGCAGAGUUAAAGGUCCAUUAGUAAAAGAAAAACUUACUAAAGGCAAAAAGGCUUCGUUACAAAAAAAAACUUCAGAGAAAAAACUGCAAACAUGUGAGGUACAAAUGAAAGUAAGAGAGAGAAUGACCAGCUCGCUGAGCGCACAAAUUUAUCUCUCCUGGCUCAGCGUGACCUUGAGAUAGUCAAAAGAAUAUAUGCAACAGAAAUGAAUAUUCUAGAAUGAACUAGAAUCUUCCAGCAUUUUCUAGUUUCUGCCAUCAAAGACUUUAGCCAUGACAAACAAUAGUUCCAGAUUUGGAAAAAUAAAUAAUUUCCAUUAGUUGGAAAAAUAACAGAAAAUGUUCCAGUCACCUUUUCAGGACUGUGCUGGAAGAGGAGAGCUCAGGACUCACCCAGGCUUAGGGCCCAUUUACAUAUCCUCCCUCUGCCAGCAAGUUACUUGUGCUCUGCAGCAUGGAUAACUUAUACUGGACAUAAAUGCUGGAUGGGGUUAAGGAAAAGGUGAACCAACCUCUAUCUCAUAAGGAGAACCUUACACCUGUGCAUGGUUCUGUUGAGUCUAAAGGGCCUCCCAUGGUAGAACCCAUGGCAGACUGAAGAAUGAUAUGUUAUUUGAUAAAGAAUGUACAGUUGAGUCACAACUUACGUGGGGGUUAUGAUCUGGGGUUAGCUUGUAAAGCAAAAAUUGCAUAUAGUCAAAACACACUCUCCCUGCACCUCCAAACUCCUGAGGUGAGUGCAAUGGCGGGUGAGAUUGCUUACGUUCCCCGCUUCCUUUCCCCUGGCCAAACUGUAAAACUGAAUUCAUGCAAGUUAAGUACACAUGAAUUGCAAGUCAAUUGUAAUUUGGAAAGCAGGCCACUUUUGUUAAAUAUUGGUCCCAAUAUUUCCCUGUGUUUGACCUGAAUAACUCAGGAUAAGUCUUUGCUGGAAAUGCAAUAUGUGCAGAAGAAGGCCUUCACUGAGACUAAUGUAUAAAAUUGAUUUCCAGUGCUGAUUAUGGACGAAGAAAAAGAAAUGCCUUUAGAAUACAGGUAGAGAAAGGUGAGUCCUUUUUUAAUAUUGAAUUUGAAGCGAAAAUUCAGUCCUCGGUAAUGGGCUGGAUGAGAGCCAAGAAACUGAAGCUCAAAUCUAGAGAAGACUGAGACACUGCUGUUGAGUUGUUCCCUAGACUAGAUGGAUGGGAGAUUGCCUGCUCUUGAAGGGGUUAUACUUCCUCUGAAGAAGAGGGUACAUAGUUUGGGGGUCCUUCUAGAUCCUUUGCUGUUGCUUAAGGCUCAGGUGACCUCACUGCUGUGAUCUUCCAUCAGCUUCAAUUGCACCCAUAUCUGGACAGGAAUAGCUUAACUUCUGUCUAUGCUCCAGUAACCUCUAGGUUAUGUUAGAAUUCCUGCUCCAUGAUUGCAGUCAUGGGAUGUUUGUCUUUCACAUGAUGGUAUAUGUUUUGACUCCACAGAGUGGGAAGUGACAGAGACAGGAUGUUUGUGUUACUGUGUUCCAUGAAGUGGGGCUAUUGUCCUUUGUUCUUUUUCCCUUUGCUGUCUGAUGCUAGAGAGAGAGGGAGCCAUGUUGCAGUGCUCCGUGUGUGUUUAUAUGUAAAUAAAGUAGAUUAGCCAAAAUGCUGAGCUGCUGAGGUCUGUCACGCAAGAUGCGCAAACUCUGCGGAUCCCUAAGUGUGCCAGUGUUGGUUGGCAUCGGUCGCUGUGAUGUUCGGGCUGAAGAAAGCUUUUGAAGCUCCCGAACGAUCGACCAGGAGGGAGGGAACAUGCCAGUUGGGCAUGUGUCUCUGCCAGAGUCCUACUCAAGUGUAGGCUGAACUACUGACAGGUUAUACGUAGUGCUGCUCUGAAGAUGAAGUUGGAAACUUCAGCUGGUGCAGAAUUCAGUGGCCAGGUUGUUUACCAGGGCAAGACUGUUUGAGCAUAUUACAUUGACCCUGUCCUGACUGCGCUGGCUGCUGCUUUGUUUCUGGGCCCAAUUCAAAGUGCUCGUUUUGAGAUCUAAAAUGGCUCAUGACCUCAAUACCUCAUGGACCGCCUUUCCCCAUAUGAACUGACCCAGAUCCUGAGAUCAUAAUCUGAGGACCUUCUUCAUAUGCUGCCUCCAUGAGACGUCUGGAGGGUGGCAACACAAGAAUGGACAUUUUCUGUGGUGGAAUUCUCUCCCCAGUGAGGCUCUCCUAGUGCCUUCAUGGCAUAUCUUUAGGUGACAAGAGAAAAGGUUUCUAUAUAACCAGGACUUUGCCUGAUUCUAUGGCCUUUUAAAUGUGUUUGGGGGGGUUAUUGGUUUGUUUUUGUUUUAUUAUGUAUUUUGUUUUCUCAUUCUGUAUUUUUGUGUUGUGAACCAUCCUGUGAUCUUCAAAUGAAGAGUGGUAUAUAAAUAUAAUAAAUAAUUAUAAUAAAAAAUCAUUGCAUCAAAGGUAGUUGUGGGUAAUCCAAAAGUAUCCUAAGAUUCUGCCUGCUCCUCAUCAAAAUGGAUCUAGGCCAGAUUCACUGUGAUGUGUGGAUCCUAGGUAGAUCUAACACUUACUUAGGCUAUGGUCUUAUUGAGGAGCUUUGAAUUCAUUGAGACUUCAUUAAAAGUAAAUAGGAUUGUGCUGUUCAAAGUGUUUCUUCUUUUUGGUUUCACUAUUGCCAAACGAGAUGAUGGGGUUCUGUGCUUUCAUCUAGGUUUAUUAAUUUUAUUCAACAGUUUUUGGGAUAAUCAAUGAUGAGCUGAAGUCUGAAGAUUUAGCUGCUCUAGAGGAUGAACAUUUGGUGAAGAAAGCAAGACACAAAAGGGAGGAAGAGUAAGUUAAGAGUUAAGAACUUUUUAUAAAGCCAUGGAAAUUAAUUGGUCCAGGUCAGAGGUAACACUGCAUGAUCUCGGAACCAUAGUCGGGCAAUUCUCUCCUCCAGAGCAGAUACUAACCCCUCUUUCUGUUUCCGAGCAAACUAUGGGUAGUAUUACAAAUCAUGUAGGAAACAGAAUAGGGACGCGGGUGGCGCUGUGGGUUAAACCACAGAGCCUAGGACUUGCCGAUCAGAAGGUCGGCGGUUCAAAUCCCCAUGACGGGGUGAGCUCCCGUUGCUCGGUCCCUGCUCCUGCCAACCUAGCAGUUUGAAAGCACUUCAAAGUGCAAGUAGAUAAAUAGGUACCGCUCUGGUGGGAAGGUAAAUGGUGUUUCUGUGUGCUGCUCUUGUUCUCCAGAAGCGGCUUAGUCAUGCUGGCCACAUGACCCGGAAGCUGUACGCUGGCUCCCUUGGCCAAUAAAGCGAGAUGAGCGCCGCAACCCCAGAGUCAGUCAUGACAGGACCUAAUGGUCAAGGGUCCCUUUACCCUUUAUCUUAGGAAACAGAAUGCUGAACUAGAUAGACCUUUGGUUUGAUCUAGCAGGGCUCCUAUGUCAGGGAUGAUGGCAGUUGCCAUCCAACAGCAUGUGAAAGGUCACAGGGUCUCUGUCUUAAAGAAGAAUGCCAAACAUUGUUGUUAAAACAUCAUUUCUUUUUCCUAAGUGAUUCAGAAAGCUGCAUGGAUACUUCGGACACUGACACAGGACUCCCAGUAAGUGUGUCUGUGUUGGACUUGUUGUCUGAUGAAAUGUAUCUUUACUAUGUGUUCUAAGAAUAGUUUAUAGUUCUGAAACCAAGUGUAUGCAGUGGAUAUAGAUGAAAAGCCUUCAAUCAGUAGUGGCCAGCCUUUUCUUCAAACCUAUGUGAGAUUCAGGUAGGUAGCCGUGUAUCUGAAGAAGUGUGCAUGCACACGAAAGCUUAUACCAAGAACAAACUUAGUUGGUCUCUAAGGUGCUACUGGACAAUUUUUUAUAUAUAUUUAACUACGUGAGAUGGACAGCGCCACUCCUGGCACAGUUCAUGAUCAUACAUACGUAGCUCCUGCCAUCUAGUGGCUUGGACCGGUUUGCCUCUUAUCUAUUGAAGCAGGAGACCUGUUUUUCCUAUAAUCCAAACAACAACGCUCCUGUCAAGGUGUGACACAUACUGCUGCUUGUGUGACUUGUGACACUCACAUUGCAAAUUGAUGUUGGAAAAGGUGUGCGAAAGCAACCCUGAAAGAGAAAGGUAGCACAGAGAGCCAGAAAAAUUAUAAUCCAGAACAUUAGAAAUAUAUAAAUUAAAGAAGUGUUAUAAUGGACUUCCUGAGUGAUAAAACUAGGGUGGGAGGUCUGGGAGGGCGAUUGCAGGAAAUAUCCUUCAGAAGGAGGAAAAGCUGGAUACUAUUUACAGCUAGAAAUUUUCUGAAGUGCAGAUGUCAGAUAUUUUGAAUGAUUACUUUAUAUGUAAUUGGCAGAUAGAGAAGCGGACCUUCUUUUUCGAUUUCUUAUUAUUUUUAUUAUUUUCUUCUUGCCUUUCUUUUUCUUCUUUCUAGACUUACUUUUUCUCCUUAUUCUUUUUCUUCUAUUUUUUCUUUGUUAAGAUAUUUAAUGUUUUAGUUUGGGGGGAGAUAUUUGAUAAUGUCCUGUGUUUUUCUUUAUGUUCUAAUAAAAUUUAUUUUAAAAAAUAUGGGUGAAAGUCAGCUACAUAUGUGCUUGUACCAAGUCUGCCUUCACCUGUGCAAAAAUAAGAAGUGCAUGUGUGACUAAAAUGUAUAAGUGUUAUUUGUGAAGUCAGUUACUUGCUGGAGAACUCUUGCCUACCUGUGUAGGCAAGAAGGCAAGGGGUUGGUUACAGAUCUGGUAUAUUUAUAAAGUAUCAUUCAGUAUUUUGUGCAUCAUGUAUUCUGUAGUGUAUUCUGUAGCACAUGUAUUCUGUAGCACACUAGUAAAAAUAACUAUGGUUUAAAAAAUCCAUAACCUUCCAUUGAUUCUUUUAUAAAUAUAUAUUAUAUUUUUCAGCCCUCAAAUCACAUGAACUCCUCUUUGUUGACCUUAUACCGGAAAGGAAAUCCAGAUUCUCUUCCAGCAUCUCCCAAGAGUUCGCAGACAAUGUCCAGCACUCCUUCACAGAAGCCUGGAUCGAAUAGGCUUCCCACUCAAGCGCCAUCUGAUACCAGGAUCUCAGAAGGUGGCUGGUUUAUUGAUAAAACCCCAGACAGGAAAGAGGAAAACUUUUUUAUCGACCUUUGUGCAGAAGAAAGCGAUGGUUCUAAACAGAUGGUUGAGGUAAUGUCUUGACAUUAGUGAGAAUUUCUUCCCUCUUUCCUGUCCCAUCACAAAAACUUAGGGUAAAUAACAAUAAAGCAUACAUCUAAAACGUACUAUAAAAAUAGUUUUAGGAAGCUAUGUUAUUGUAGAAACUAAAACUCCUAAACUAGUAUCACCUUCACCAGCUGAAGGCAGUUCUAAUGUUGUGUUGUUAUUAGCCCAUUUCAGAUGUUUUCAAAAACACAUGGGAAUGACAAAUUAUUUUACAGUUCAGUGCUCUUGGAGUUCAGUGAACAUGCUCAGUCAUUGGUUUAUUUUUAAAAGAAUAUUCUGUAUUUCUGCAUACCGCAAGAUUCAUCUGAGCGCGGGGAUUUUUCCCACUUGUUUCUCAGUGACCUGGUUUUGGUUCCAUUUGUGUUCUCCUGAGUUUGCAGUGAGAGGGAAUAUCCUCACCAAAACUGAGACCAUUUACACAUCUUGUUGCAUUGUAUGAUGAUGAUGCAUAGCUUUGAGUAACAAGUUCCAUGUUAUGUUUUGUCAUAGUGUUGGCACAAAUCCUGUUCUUUGUUUUCAGCCUUGCCUUAGUAUAUGGCUGGCUGCACAUCUGGAAAACAUCAUUGUUUAACUUUUGACACACGUUCAGACUUUCUUGGCCUUAAUCCCUCUGUUGGCACAUGUAAAAUGCACCCGAAGGCUACUGGGGGGGGGGGGAACCGUAUAACCUUUUUUGUGCCUGUCUCCCACACCUUGCAUGUUCCAGGUAGUCCUCAGCCUAGAUGAGAUGUGAAUGGUCAUGUGGUGUUUCAGGAUCCCUCUUCCUUAAUCCAAUGGAAAAUCAGUGUUUUUACAGCUUUUUUGCUCAAUUCUCACCCUAUUUGAAUGACUGAGAGAAUUAAUCAAAAAAACAAAACAAAAACCAACCAUGCACAUCAGGUUCUGGGGAGUCAACGGGCUUUUUGCAAAAUGUUGUUUAAGGUUGUUAGUUGCUCAUUAUCUACAGCUGAUUAGCCCAGAACCUGUUCUUCUCAAGUUGCUUGAGAAAGCAGCACAUAACGUGUAAAACAAUAUCUUGUCUAUUUUAUGACAAAUUAUAAUGUUAUUGGGGUCGAUAGGACCACACAGGUUUCCAGACACCCUUAUCUAGCUUGCAUUGUUUAAACAUUCGCCCACAAGGAAAGCCUUCCUUGUGACGCACUAAGACUGGGUUUGUCUAAUCACAUCAUUUUGUGUAAAACUUUCUAAUCUAGUCACUGACACCCCAACUGUUUACAGACAAUCAGUAGCCUCACUUUGGCAGGUGGCCAGACUUAAGGGCAGCUCUCAGGGCCUUUCAGUGGCUCACUCACGAGUUACUAGGACUCAUAAGUUCCUUGAGCUUGUAACUUUGAGCCUGCAAGACAAGUACGCUUAAAUGACCGUGUCUUGGCUUUUCCCCCUGCAAGGAUAAGCUUAUACACUCUUAACAUGCCAGCCAAACCCACAAGGUAUGGCAUAACAGUUUGGCUGUGCUGCGAUUCCAAAGAAGAGAGAGAAACAGAGAGAGAAAGGGAUAGAAAGAGAGAGAAAGGGAAGGAAGCUUCCCAACAUCUAAGCCAAACAGAGAGCUGGUAAGUUAGUCAUCACUUUGCCACCCACCGGGAAAUAGCUAAUAAAAGAUUGACUGCAGUUGGCAUGUUAUAAAACAAACCAGAAAUGCCUUGCUCACAAAUCCAGAACGAUCGGAGGCAGUUUUUAUAGUUUUUAAGAAUGGCACUUGAAAUGAAGUAGAUCAAGCAGAUCAAGAGAAAGGGAAGGUUUGUGAAACCUGCAAGCAGGAUUUGAGCCCAACAGCACCCCCCCUCCUGUAGUUCAGCAGCUGGUCUUGAGAAGCAUUACUGCUUCCAAUUGUGGAGGCAGAAUUUCAUGGCCUUUCAUGGCCCUCUUCUCCCUGAAUUUGUUCGAUCCCCUUUUGAAGCCCUCUAGGUUGGUGGUGGUUGCUGCCUUCUGUGGGAGCGAGCGUCAUAGUUUCACCAUGCGCUGCAUGAAGAAGUGCUUUUAUCUCUCCUGAAUUUUCCAACUUUCAUUUUCCCUGGGUGUUUCUUGUGUUAUGAGGGAGGGUGAGAACAAAAUAUAUCUCCUUGCACUUUCUCCGUACCAUGCAUAAUUGUAUCAACUUCUAUCAUGUCUCCACUUACUCACCUUGUCUCUGAACUUAAAAGUCCCAAAUGCAUCAUCCUUUCUUCACUGGGGAGUUGCUGCAUCCCUUUCAUCAUUUGAGUUGCCCUUUUCUGAACCUUCACCAACUCUACAAUACAGUGGUGCCUCGCAAGACGAAAUUAAUUCGUUCCGCGAAGCAUGAAAUCCCAUAGGAAUGCAUUGAAAUUCAAUUAAUGCGUUCCUAUGGUCAAAAAAAGUCCAAACAAAGCCAAAUUUGGUACAACAAGAGUUUAUUAAGUGCUCUUUAAAGUCACACAUACUGUAAAGAGCAUUUCAAAAAUUGAAGGAACAAUAAAUUAAGUUUCUAAACAUGACAGAAAAACAUUUAAAAAUCAACAAAGUGUACAGUACAUUUUCUAAGACUCUGGGGGACAACUUGAAGAAGGUACCUCUUCCACUCUUUGCUUCUUGCUGAAGAACCCCCUCCUCAAUUGUUCCCCCAGCCACCCACCACACAGAAAUUCAAAUCCAGAAUUUUUUUAAAAAAACAGCAGAGUGGCCCAAUGGUCACAGAAAAUCAUAAAAAUGCAGGAAAAAAACCACAAGCUUCCAGAUUCUGGCAAACCCCUCCCCAACACCAAGUCCUUGAAUUCCAAACACCCCAACCCAAAAUCCAAAACCCCCCCAAAAAAGAGGACUUCUGGGUCAGCGCCAUCGGUGAAUGGCGGAGUUCCUCCGACCGGAGGAACGGGCUCCAUGGAAACUGGGUCUUCCCACCGCGGCGAAGGUGGGGACCCACUAGAAAUCCCAGGCGGAGGAAGCCUGGGAACGUGGGGUUCAGCAGGGCACCAGGAGCACCCCCCCUACUCACCGGGAACCCCAUUUUGGGGUGCCGGAGCGAAGUGGGGUGAGCGGCGCGGUGCUGCGAACUGAUUGCUAUUUUCACAGAGUGAAGCCGUACAGCCAUUGCCGGAGAGCGCUGACUUUUUCCUGUGGACAAUUGGAUUUAAAACAAGUACCCGUGAGUAGAAACGGAAAAUUGGAUCAAGAAAUAUCUUAAUUUGGCAUCGAAGCGGGAAGGUUCAAAACAGGAAGUCCGCCUUCCACUUUUUGUAUAUAGACUAAAGCAAAAACUUUGUAAGCUAAAGCCUGGAAAGCCGUUAAAAAAGUCUAAAUUUCCUUCAUUUAGAAUUACUGAAACCCCCUUGGAAGCAGGAGAAAAGGGUGGGAACUUUCUUUAACCCCUGCAGGAGAGGGAGUGAAGAAGGAUAAGUUUCCACUGUCUCUAACUUGAGAACGAGGUGUCAGAGACAGAAAUAGUUGGAGAGGUUCAUUGACUGUGAAUGGAAUACUUUGACAGAUAGCUAAAGAAGAGAAAUAAACUGAUUCCAAUGUUGCCUUUUGCAUUCUAAAGAAACAAAAUAUCUGAAAAAUAUCUGAAAAAUGAAAGUAAUUUUCCUUUGUUGGACUUGCCUUAAAAAAAAUGGAUACAAAUAGAAAUUGUCUCCUCUAGAGGGAGCUUGUUAAAUUGUUGCUGCAGUAUACUUGAGGACUCAACAGCUGUGAGAUUAAGAUCGUGGGACCAGUCUUUUCUGACCUUGACUAAAGAUGAGCUGGGAGGAAGAUUGGGUGCUUGCUUUAUGCAAGACAAGUGCCUUGCUGGAACAGAUGCACGAGAAGAUGGAUUUGAUGAAUGAGAAAAUGGACUUGAUGACUGUUGUGGUUAAUAACUGUGGACAAACAGGGAACAUUGAUACAGAAACCAUUCAGGGACCAACUCAUGAACCUGUACUGACUGGGCAAGUGCAGAAGAUAAUGGAGGAGGAUGUGGUUGCACCUCAAAUAAUACAAAUGGAGAGACCCGAGGCCCUACAGGAACAUAAGCCGCUGUCAUUGAAGAUUGAAGUUGGAGCGGGCCAGGGGGAGUUUGGAGCUGAGGAGGUUCCUAACUUUGGAGAGACCUUGAAAUAUGCUUUUAAAUACUUUUUGGAUUACAUUGAUGACUGUGGGGAGUGGGACUGUGGGGAAUGGGCGGGUUUGAUGAAGGGAGAUGGAGACAAUUUUGGGUUGGAAUCCCCCAGAGACCUACUCCUCAAUGAGAAAGGAAAGAAAUUAAGAAAGAGACCAACAAAAGACAAGGAAAAGGGCAAGUAUAAACAAGAAGAAGAAGAUCUGCCGAAGGGACAUGGAAGAGACUUAAGGGCCUCGGACAUAAGACUUCCAGGUUGAUGGACUAGAUGGAAUGGACAGUAAGGACUGACACGACCCGAGACCAGGAAGAAGAGAUGUUGGAUGAAGAUUGGAAGAAAAUUUAUAAAGAAAAUUUUUUAUUUAGGGAAUUAGCCUAAAAUCAAUGAAUAUUAGGGGAAAUGUUGGAAUGAAACUAUAUGACUCUAGCAGAAAUGAUAUCAGGAGUUAUGUCUAUUUGAGUAUUAAGAUUCAAGCUUUAAGGUAUUUUAUGGUAAGAUAAGGUUAAAUAAAUUAAGGUAAUUUGAAUAACAGAAUAUGGGGAAAGAUGGAAAGGAUUUGUUGAGCUAAUUAUUAGGUUAAAUUGUUAAGAUAAAUUAUUUAACAAAAAUUGAGAAAGAUGGAAAGAAUUUGCUGAAAUAACUAAUUAAACUAGAAUACAAAAAGGGAGGUGUGAGGAGGUCAAUGAAACAAGCAAAUGGAAGUUAAAGAUAUGUAAUUUGGGAUUUGUGUCUUUUUUUCUUCCUUUUUUAAUUUUUUAUCUUUUUGCUGUAUUGUUGUAUUGGUUUUUGCUUUUUUUCUUCUUUUUUAUGUAUUGUAGUGUUGUUUUUUAUUAAUUCUGAAACUAUUAAUAAAUAUUAUUAUUUUUUUUAAAAAACCCAAAAAAAGUUUAAAAAGUUUAAAAGAAGUUUUGGAAAAGCUUCAAAAAUCACCAAAGUCUUCAAAAACCUCAAAAAAGGCUACCACACCGCGUUCUAUGAGUUGCUCCUCGAAGUCAAGUCACAACUGUAUUAACGGUGUUACGAAAAAGGAAACAAACUUGCAAGACGUUUUCGUUUUUCGUCUUGCGAAGCAAGCCCAUAGGGAAAUUCGUCUUGCGAAGCAGCUCAAAAAACACAAAACCCUUUCGUCUAGCGAGUUUUUCGUCUUGUGAGGCAUUCGUCUUGCGUGGCACCACUGUAACCUUUUUGAGCUGAGGCAGUCACAGGAACGUUAUGCUUAAGUAAAAGUAUUAUCUGCCCUCAUCAUGCAGUUGUGUAAUGUGAUUGUACGUAGGCUAUUGUGUUAUGUAGCAUGUGUUGUUACCAGCAAUCCACAACUCUUCAUAUUGUACUUCAUAUUGUGCAGCUAUUGGUGGAAUCCAAACCGUGUCUUAACGGAAGUAAGUCAUACCGAAUUCAAUUGGGCUUUCUUCCCAGGGGUUAAGAUUGCAGCCCAUUAAAUGUAUGUUGAUGGUACUAUUAAAAACUGGGGGAUUAGUCAAGCCCAAACUACUGCUUGUGUUGUUUUUUUGUCCCUGUUGGGGUAACCCUAAUAACUUGUGUGCAGCUAUAUUUUUUGCUAGAAAAGGGAAAGUCUAAAUGAAUACUUUACAUUUUUUAAAGCUUGCAAAUGAUGUCAUACUUAAUAACUUCCGCUGGGCAUUUCAUUGGCAUUUCCUUCUUGGGGUACAUUUGGCUUACCAGUUCGUUUUUCUAUUGAUUGAGUUUAAAGGGUUUUUUUAAAAAAAAAAUUACUGCUUUUGGUGUGGCUUACUGGGUAAAGAAUGUCAGCAGACUAAAUAGAAAAAUCUUAUUUGUACUCUAGGAUUCAAAAGACAUUUCCUUUCUGGAGAAACCCAAGAGGAAGAGAAGUAAAAGGAGGAACGAAUCUCAGGAAGUAGAUGAAGAAAUAGAAUCUGCUUUGAGGAAACAGAAGAGUAAGAGACAUUCCACUAAAGAAUAUUUAAACAAAAACACAAGAAAGCCACUGCUUAUUCCUCUGGCUCUUUUGUAAAUGUAAUACCUUGUUCUGUCCCGUGCUUUCCAUGUACUUGAUGAGAAUACCUCGCAGAUUGUGUUCUCGCUGUCCUAGUAAUAUCUCCAUUUUUCCUUACAGUUAAACAGAAAGGGUUUGAGCUGAGAACUUCUUCUGUGAAGUUUGAGGAUAUAGGAGGCAAUGAUGACACUCUGAAGGUUAGAGUUAACUAAACUCUCUGGGCGGGAUUCAACUAAUGAGUGCCAUCAGUGGAAGCCCUGCGCAAAGACAGUGCUCUCCCUCAACCCUGCACUUCGCGAAAAUGGCUUUGAGUGGCUCAGGAGAAACCCACAGGGUAGGAGGAGGGGCUGUUGUGACUGGCAAGUUGAAAAGCUUGCCAUAAGAGAGCAGUCACCUUAGCUCAACAUUGAAUUCCUUCCUCUGACUGGAUAAAAGUUGUCAAGAAAAUCACUUAUACAGUGAAAGAGAUGAGCAUCUACAUAAUGCUGAGGGUUGUUUCAUGCAGCAUUAUUUAGGUGUAAGGCUAUUUUUAAAAGCUGUAAUCCACAAAUCCUGAAUCAGUGCUUUGCCUCACAGUAAAAGAAAUUAAAACUCUAUUCUGAGCUAACCCCAGUUUAGCUGUAAAAAACUAAAUUAUACUUGCUUUAUUGCAUGAUUCUGCUUUUGCUAGCAGUAGGAGGGUAAACUGAAGCACUAGCCUUAGAUACCUUAGGAAUGCUAUGUUUGCGCCAGGCAUUGUUCACAGACUUUCAAGCAUAUCUUCAGCUUCAGGGCUGAAGACUUCCAUGGCUUAAAAUGAAAGGUGCGCUCUGACCCAAGUGCUAUCUCUGCGCUUGUGAUAAAGACACAUAGUGCUGUUAAUAACAUUUGCAAAGAUGAGAUAAUGCAGAAUUUACUUAUUUGCAUUGGUCGGAAUCCCUUCACUGGUUGGGUGUGAUCUCAUAUGGUGACAGGGCAGGAGAACACAGAAUUCUGGGAGGAUGUGGAAACUGUUAACUGUUACAAAAAGUAAGAUAGGACAAUUUUUUCCCAUUUUCACUGUAGGAAGUGUGCAAGAUGCUGAUACAUAUCUGUCAUCCUGAAGUAUACAGCUAUUUAGGAGCUGUUCCACCUCGAGGAUUUCUCUUGCAUGGACCACCAGGGUGUGGGAAGACGUUAUUAGCUCAGGCAAUUGCUGGGGUGAGACUAUUGGUGUAUACUUUUUCUUUCUCUGCCUUCAAACCUCAGGUGUAUUUGUAUUUUUAAUGCAGGCAGAGAUGGUUUUAGGCAUGUCUAAUAUGUAUGUGACUGCGUACGUGCACAUCGCACCGAACCUGGAAGUGACCCCAAAAAUCACAAAAAUGUCACAAAAGGGGCAGGGGUGGAAUGGGGUGCUUGCAGGUAUUUUCAGUGGUGUUUCAAAUAUGCGCGGUUUCACUUAAACACAUGGUGCUUUGGAACAUAACCUCCACAUAAAUGGGAAGUUGCCUGUAUACCAGUACUUCUGCUAGUUCUUGCAUUCAAGAUGUUAUAGAAUACGUUGCAGAGUAAUAGCUGGUGAAGCUCAAAACCUGCAUUAAAAAAACAAAUCUCCGUACAGCAUUUCUGUAGCAUCUUGAAAGACAGCGCUAGUGGAAGCACUGUGAACAACACUGUAAAAUGUUUAAGCUGUAUGGGCCUCUUCCUGCUUUGUAUGUCAUGGUGCCCAGUACUUUUUUGAAUAGAGGGGAAAUAAUUUUGAUACACAAGUUCUCUCUUCUCUUCCUGCAGGCCAGGCCUCCCAGGAGGUCAUUGGGCUGCAAUCUAGGGUCUCCUCAAUGGUUGCCUUUCCUUGUCUUUUAAAUGGUACUUUACAAGGGAAUAGUACAUGCUGGAUAACUGCAAAAUCUCAUGACACUGUUAUCUGUUAAAGUCUUUUUGUGCGUUGCCCAUUGAAUCAAGGUGUGAUAUUACUCUCCCUUCCACCAUUCAGCCCUCCACGGUAGAGGUCCCUGUAAAAUGCCUGAGCCUUGGUAAGUGUCUUUCCUACAAUAAUCUUGUUUUGUGUUCAUUUGUGUUUGUUUUUUUAGGAGCUUGAACUGCCAAUACUCAAAGUAGCUGCUACUGAGAUUGUGUCGGGAGUAUCUGGUGAAUCGGAACAGAAGCUAAGGGAACUGUUUGAGCAAGCUGUGGUAAGACCAGCAGGAAAGAGUCUUAAAGCCUUUUAUUAAUUCACUUGACUCUGAAUCAUUUCUACACACAAAUUUAAAAGUGGAGAAAGGUGCAUCCUCAUCUAACAUCCUGACAGGAAGGCAAAUUUCCAUGUAUCAGAAUACUAACUGUGGGUUGGCUGUAAAAUUGUCCCACUUAUUUUUGUAAAAAAUAAUAUAUAGCUGAAAUGCAACCUCUUUAUGUUGUUGUUUAGUCAUUUAGUCGUGUCCGAUUUUUUGUGACCCCAUGGACCAGAGCACGCCAGGCUCUCCUGUCUUCCACUGCCUCCCACAGUUUGGUCAAACUCAUGCUGGUAGCUUCGAGAACACUGUCCAACCAUCUCGUCCUCUGUCGUCCCCUUCUCCGUGUGCCCUCAGUCUUUCCCAACAUCAGGGUCUUUUCCAGGCAGUCUUCUCUUGUCAUGAGGUGGCCUCAUGCUGGUGCCUCAGCUUCAGGAUCUGUCCAGUGAGCACUCAGGGCUGAUUUCCUUCAGAAUGGAUAGGUCUGAUCUUCUUGCAGUCCAUGGGACUCUCAAGCGUCUCCUCCAGCACCAUAAUUCAAAAGCAUCAAUUCUUUGGCAAUCAGCCUUCUUUAUGGUCCAGCUCUCACUUCCAUACAUCACUACUGGGAAAACCAUAGCUUUAACUAUACAGAUCACUGCCUUGGAUCACUGCCUUGCCGUGGUGAAGGGGCUUGAAUAAUUCAGAGAAGCUAUGAGCUAUGCCGUGCAGGGCCACCCAAGAUGGAUAGGUCAUAGUGGAGAGUUUUGACCAAACGUGAUCCACCUGGAGGAGGAACCGGCAAGCCACUCCAGUAUCCCUGCCAAGAAAACUCUAUGGACAAAGACAACAGGCAUAUAAAAAACCUCUUUAUAGCUUCUAUUAAAAAUCUCCACUCAAUAGAAUCAAAACCUUUUCUGCAUUAGAAUUAAAACCCAAAUAUUGCCUUUGCUGCCAAGUGUAGUUUUUCUAACAUUUCAUGAUGGUUGUCUUCCAGCUAUAAAUUUUGUUCAGUAUGGUCUCUAAGAAACUUAUUUGCUUAAUAAUAUUGCUGCCAAAAUCAAAUGAUCUGCAUUCAGCAGGCAUGUAGAUCUUUAUGAUUCUAGUUUCUCCAGGUUCUUUUCUACUUUGAAUUAGGAUGUGUCUGUUUCUUUAUAUAGUCUGUUAUGCAAAAGGUUUUAGAGGAAGUUGUUUUAAUGUGUGUCAUAUUCUAGCUCUGACAGCACAAUAACUUCUUUUGAAACUAUUCAGACAAUACACAGUGCUUAUGAGUUUGAAGAUCACUUUCUCUUUAGUUUAAUGCUGGACAUUUUGUAUUGUCCAAACAUAGUGGUGUGUUUUGGUAAUUGGAAUCAACUUCCUUUUAUUGACUCGAUCCACAGUCAAGCAGCUCUAAAAGUGGUGCAUAUGCCAGUUUAGCAUUGCACCGCCAUGUUCCUUAUUAAAACCUGUAUUUUCCUGCAAAGGAGAAAAGCUAUUUUGGUUUUGAAUAGUAGUUUUUUCUCCAUAUAGUAGUAGUAGAAAUAAAAUGAUGGCUUAUGAAUAGACACAGAAAAGGGUGCAGUCCAAAUCCAUUAACUCAGUGGGGGGGGGGGUUGGGGGGGGAUAUUGGAUUUGACCAAUACUGCAUCUUUCAUUUUUGUAUUAGUGCUGCUGUUAGUCCAUGCAACAGGGGGGAAACUGUUUAUUGAAUGGAUUUGGUAAAAAUUAAAAUAAGGAAGCACCUGCAAUUAUUAAUUGUGGCUCAAUGUGUUGGGGAAGCAGAAGGUGCAAGGGGACAUUAUUUUGAUAACUCUCAUUCAUUCUGUCACACCCCGACUCUCUUUUCAUGUGUGUAUGUCCCGUUCAAUUUUAUUACGCUUAUACCUUUGGUAGAUACCCUAUGCAGACCUCUUUCCAGCACAGAGCACUUGCUAAUAUAUAUCCAAUUGGGUGAAAAGUUUUGUUUUAACUUUUAACAGUUGGUACCUUGCUGUUCUUUCAACAAGUAUUUAUUUGAAAUUAUAAAACAAAAAAAUCAUAAUAUGCUAAGAGUUACUUAAUCAUUUUCUGUGUUUGUGCUGAUUUUUUUUUUAUCAUUAUUAUUUCUAGGCCAAUGCUCCAUGCAUCCUCUUCAUAGAUGAAAUUGAUGCUAUCACACCCAAGAGAGAAGUUGCCUCAAAGGACAUGGAGCGGAGAAUUGUAGCGCAGCUUCUGACUUGCAUGGAUGGUCAGGGCUUUUUUAUUCUAGUAAAAGUGCUCUAUCAAACCUGCUUUUUAAAUUGGAUCUUGCUCUUUAGGUGAAAUUUCAGCUGAAUAUCAUGUCAGCUGCAGAUUUCCAAGUACCAAAUCAGCAAAUUACAGAGGGGUAAUUUGUGAUAAUCUUUACCGAAAGCACAAAAAAGUGGGGUGUGUAUCUUGUGGCACCUUAAAGACUAAUUGAUCUGUCAUGGCAGGAGCUUUCAAAGGCCAGAACUCACUUUGUCAGAUGCAUUAGAUACUUUUCAGAUCACAACCGUGUUUAUACAUGCUAAUAGGUCCAGUGUUGAACCUCUAAUCUUCCACAUGUUGAAGGACUCUAAAUUCAAUCAGCCACAACCAGCAUGAUCAGACAUGCUGGGAGCUGAAGUAUACCAACAUCUGUAUACCUGGUAUAGAUAGAAAAAUGUGCCAGGAGACCACAAUGUCAAGCAAUGUAAAAGGCAACAGUUGGGUGUGUCACAGUAUUAUGCAGAGAGCACAGUUGAGUACAGAAUCCAGUGAAUUGAAUGCAUAAGGACUAGUUAGCCUGGUAAUGACUUUCAAAAGAGCAACUCAGUAAGAGGUGUUACCACCAAUCAGCAUUUCUGAGUUAAUUAACACUAUCGUUGCUAUUCUGAAGGGUCAUUUAGCAUACACAAAAACUGGUUAAAUUUGUCACAAAACUCCCUCCUUUAUAUUCUUCUCCCGCUCCAAUUGUAACUGUGUAUCUUCUUGACAACUGAGACCACAAAAGUGUAUGCAGUAAUAAGAUUUGUUAAUCUCUAAGCUGUUGCGGGUGGCGCUGUGGGUUAAACCACAGAGCCUAGGACUUGCCAAUCAGAAGGUUGGCGGUUAGAAUCCCCGCGACGGGGUGAGCUCCCGUUGCUCGGUCCCUGCUCCUGCCAACCUAGCAGUUCCAAAGCAUGUCAAAGUGCAAGGAGAUAAAUGGGUACCGCUCCGGCGGGAAGGUAAACGGCGUUUCAGUGCGCAGUUCUCGUUCGCCAGAAGCGGCUUAGUCAUGCUGGCCACAUGACCUGGAAGCUGUACGCUGGCUCCUCGGCCAAUAAAGCAAGAUGAGCGCCGCAACCCCAGAGUCGGCCACGACUGGACCUAAUGGUCAGGGGUCCCUUUACCUUUACCUUUAAGCUGUUGCAAGACUCUUUCUGAUAAGUAGGUGUUGUAAGAUCAAUAGUGCAGAGACAAUUGCUCCGCCCAUGUACUACAUCAAGGGAUAGAAGGCAAAUUAAAACACACCACAACAUGGGCAGAUACUAUUCCCGUCAACUUGGAUGUGUGACUAGCAGGUCAGCACUUGUUAAGCUUGGUUGGGCCUUGAACUUGCCACCCCAAGACUCUUGAGAAAAGGGAGUUGGGACCCACCCCAACCCUUUACCUCUGUUGUAAAUCCAGCCCAAUGCCUCCAGUACCUGUCCAAACGGUUGUGAUGAAUUAUAGAAAGCUAUAACAACCAACAAAUGCUGUUGCUACGGGAAGGGCAAAAGGUCUACUUCGUGAAGCCAACUGGGAGAGCAUAAAAUUCCUUCCCAGCCUUGGCAAGUGAUGUUUGUCCAUAGCAAGAUCAUGAGCAAAACUGCAACAUGACAACUGGUAGAAGGCGAGUCGGUGUCAGUACUAGUGGGACUCUAAAUUUAUAGCUUGGGCACGGGACAGAAGGAAGUGGUUCUCGCGCCACCUUGCACUGAGGCCCUGUUCCCCAGAAGCCAACUGGUGUAGCCAGGAAGCAGGAUUGAAUUCUCUGUGCAUCUGUUGAUUGGCAGGGAGUUCAAUCCUGAUCAGAAAGGGUUUUGCACUGAAAUCCCGGCUAAAGGUCUCACAGCCCCAUUUCAUUUUAAUGGAAACUGCUUUCUGCUCCUGGAGCAAGGUGAGCAAGCUUGGAUCUCUUGCCCAUCACCUGCUUUUGGGAGAUGCAUGCCUUACUGCCCGUGAGGUGCUUCAAAGUCCCGGUGUUUGGACUUUUAAAUGCCAAAUCGGAUGAUUGACAGGCAGGUGGCCCUGCCCCCUGUCAGUCUUGGCCUAUAAGGCCAAUCCUGAUGGAGAUCUAGCAUGCUGAGUUUCCUUACCUGUUUUAUGUGUUCUUCUCUCCUAGUCCAGUAUUAUCACUGCCAAAGAGCUAUAGCAGACAUGCUGCGCAGUCCCAGCAUUCCCUGUAGCAUCAUCACUAGUAAAAGUUGGUGGUACACACCUGAGUUGUGUACUGAGGGUAUAUAGCACAAAUAAUGCUUUCCUAACAGCAACGAGUACUUUCCUUUGCCAGUUCCCUGUGAGUUUAUUGUUUUCCUUCAUCUUUCAGACUUGAAUAAUCUGGCUACUGCUGCUCAGGUCCUAGUAAUUGGGGCAACCAACAGACCAGACUCGCUGGACCCAGCUCUGCGACGUGCAGGAAGAUUUGAUCGAGAGAUUUGUUUGGGGAUUCCGGGUGAAGCAGCCAGAGAGAAGUGUGUGAGCUUUGCUUUUAAAGGUUUUUUUUUUUUUUUAAUGUUCAGUUUAUGGCUUGCUAGCUCUUGAAUCCAAAAGUUUCUCUUAAACUUUUAACUAAAAAAGAGCAAAUAUAGCUGCUGCUUCUGUUGUAGUACAGGAAAAAGUCUGUGUCAGAUUUUUCCCUGUAGCAUAGACGUCCCAAUUCAGACAUUUGGCCAAUAAAGCAAUAAUACGGAAAGAGUAGCAUGUGUGAGAUUUUGAUCAGCUCCUGCCCAUCUGGAGCUGAUACAGGCUCGUCUUAUCUUGAGCCCAAGCAGAGCGUAGUCACGCAACGAAAGGAUAAGUAGGUAAUGUGCUACAUCCUGAAGUUUAUUUACAAGCUAUGCUGAGAGCAUACAGACAUACAUCUUGCCUCUGUGAGAGCAGAGAAGCAACUCUUGACACAAAGAAACCGAGAGAACACUGAAAAACAGGAAACCAGUGUACGUCACAUCCAGUCUCCCAUUCCCGUGGGAACCCAACAGUAACUCUGACUGUGGAAUGUAAACAAUGUCUUGUGACAAGCACUUUUGCUGCUCAGUGAGGGAAAUAGAAACCAACAGCAUGGCUUGUUUAGGAUUUUUUGAGGAGUCGAUGCCUUCAUGCUAUGUUUUCUCAUAGAUUUGUUUAUUUUCUAUUCAGAUGCUUUGGUUUUGGUUCACCUAUUACAGGAGUAAGCAGAUUAAGGGCUUGUGGGAUCUACUUCACUUUUUACUAGGACCUCGAGACUCACCCUGGUGCAAAAGACAAUAGAAUUAAAAAACUCUGAGCCCAGGAAACUUGCUUUGAGUAACAGACUAAAAAUCUAUUCAGCAGUCUAAUUUGGGACACUGGAGUGGGAGGGAGAACAUUAAUUUUGUUACUGGUAUUGUUUAAAGUUUAAGCAAUGAAAAAAUGGAGCAUUCCUGUGGAUCUUCUGCAAAUCAUGCAGAAAUCCACCAAAGUUUAGUAAAUUAUAAAUAUCUCUGCCCCUUUCAUAAGCUCUGGGACAAAUAAUUCAAUAACUUAUGAUUUUCUUUCUUUCUUUCUUUCUUUUGUAAAGACUAAAACUGUAGUAACUUCUUCCUUUUUCUUCCCUUUGCCAGAAUUCUGAAGACAUUGUGUCGAAAACUUAGAUUGCAGGAAUCUUUUGACUUUGGUCAUUUGGCUCAUUUGACCCCAGGCUACGUUGGUGCUGAUCUCAUGGCACUGUGCCGUGAAGCCGCAAUGUGCACUGUGAAUAGAGUUCUCGUUAAGCUGGAGAUGGAGCAGCACAAAGUCCUGAGAAAUAACGAAAGGUCAUCUGGACAAGACAUGGAAAAGGAUACUGAAGAGCUUGUAAGACAGGUUAUCAAAGAGCCAGAUCUUCCCACUAUGGUAUGUAUUUUCUUUGUAUCCUUUCCCUGUAUCCUACUAGAACUCUUCCUUAACUUUUAAUAUUUCCCAUUUGGUAUAUGCAUUAGUCUUUCCUUCAUUGGGGCAAACUUUGCAAAAGCCUGAGAAUGGUCUAUUAGGAGAUGCAUGUGGUCCUCCAUAUGUUGCUGAACUACAAUUCCCAUCAGCCCUAGCCAGCAUGGCCAAAGGUUAAGGUUGCUGGGAGUUGUAGUCCAAGAAUGUUUGGUGGGCCAAAGGUUUCACAGCCCUGAACUAUAACAUCACAAAGUAGCAAGCAAACUUUUGAGUUCUCCAAACUCAUUUUUGGACUGGAUGUUCAGUAAAAUGAUGAGGGAGAACCAGAUAUACUUCCCUGAGUUUGUUGGAACAAGCGUGGGAUUAAAAUGUAGUAAUUAUAAUAGUUUAAAAAAGCUCCUUUAACCCUCUCCUUGUAGUGUACAAUUUUCAGGACUGGUGGGAUCAGUUGAUGAUGAAUAAACUUUUAUUUACUUGUUUACUUCUUUUAUUUACUUAUUUAGGAAGAAUUUAUGAACCACUUGAUUUUUUAAAAAACCUAAGCAGUAAUCAAUAAUAUAAAAAUAAAUUUAUGUACAUUUAUUUUUAGAAGAAUAAAGAUGUGUUAAAUUGAAGGGCAAGACCAUUAAUAAAUGGCAAAACCUAAAAGUACAAGGAGCAGUGCAAAUAUGUUCAAUUAAAGAGAUUUUUUUCCUUUUUUUAGAAAAGAGCCUUGGCUUCUAAGGGUCAUGCAUAAGCAGAAAAACAAAAACAGAACCAUAAACUUUUAUUGCGCUAGCCAAAGGCCGUGGCAUCUUCCAAAGAAGGGGGGGAAAACAGCAGUAGCUACGCAUGCAGUAAAACCAUGAUCAAAUCCACCAGAAUUCCUUAUUACGCAGAAUAAAAAGUAAUUCUCAAAAGAAAUAUGCAGAUUAGAUCUUGGCGUCUCCUUCAUAAGCCAGUAAAACAUGAAUCUCUGGCCUUCUCUUGGAAUACAUAAACACAUUAAUGGAAUGCAAGACAGGGAAUUGCCUACUAAAGUUAAUUAGUUUGUGCUUGUCUUGAACUCAAUUGUUCCUGCAAUAUUUCACUACAAAAGGAUUCUGUAAAGUAACAGUAGUCUUUGGCCAGUUUCAAGCAUGUUGUAAUCAAACUCCUGCCUUCAUUGUUAUUUAUCCAUACAUGAUUAAACUUUAGGGGAUUCUCCCUCUAACCUGUUCUUGUAUUUCCUGCUGCUCCUGAUCUUUCUUCUCUAGGAUGAAUUGCAGAGGCUACUCCAGUUGCUAAAGGAACCAGACCCCCUUGGGGAAGAUCAGCUGCAAAAGCUAUGCAUUGAGUUGAAUGAUUUCAUUGUUGCGCUCUCUUCGGUGCAACCCUCUGCCAAGAGAGAAGGCUUUGUUACAGUCCCCGAUGUGACGUGGGCGGAUGUGGGCGCCCUGGAGGAUAUUCGGGAGGAGCUCACCAUGGCAAUACUGGUAGGGGCUGGACGCUGCUACAAAGUCCUGUUAAUGCACGUGAGGCUGAAAUAGCUUCUGGAGGUUAAGCAGUGCGAUUCUGCCAGGGCAUUUUUGUGGUUUUUUUGCUUGAAAGAAUAUGAGAGGAAACGAGUUGCAUUCUUGGCCUAUCAAGUUUGCGGGAGCAAGAAAUGGUGUAGUGGUUUCACUUGGAAAUGGAGGCUUAUUGACUAAAGUGUGACAUUAUAAUUACCGUAUUUUUUGCUCUAUAAGACUCACUUUUUUCCUCCUAAAAAGUAAGGGGAAAUGUGUGUGCAUCUUAUGGAGCGAAUGCAGGCUGCACAGGUAUCCCAGAAGCCAGAACAGCAAGAGGGAUCGCUGCUUUCACUGCGCAGCGAUCCCUCUUGCUGUUCUGGCUUCUGAGAUUCAGAAUAUUUUUUUUCUUCUUUUCCUCCUCCAAAAACUAGGUGCGUCUUAUGGUCUGGUGCGUCUUAUAGAGUGAAAAAUACAGUAGUCAGCAGCUUCCUUAUCCAGUCAAGUCAGAAUGUAGUUUGAGGAAACAGUAAGAGGAAGCAGUACAUAGAAAGGAGACAUUGAAGUUCCAAGUAAUUCUUUCUGUCGGACUCCAGCACCAAUGAGUCUUGGCCAGGCCUAGCUAAUGGUCAGAGAGAUAGGAGCCAUAGUCCUGCAGCAGUUGGAAGGCCACAGGUUACCCCAUCGCUUGUCUGUAGUAUAGUCCUCUUGAGGACUGAACUGUUCCUUUUUUAAAAGGAGAAACAAGUGCUAUAAAGAGUAACUGCAGUGUGCAGACAGCUGUUACCAGAGAUUUGGAUGGAGGGAAAUACAGAUACUCCCUGAGUUGGUAAUGCAUAAAAACAAACAAGUCCUUUUUUAAUUUAAGCUUGAGAUGUGUAGGUGUAACACUGGCUCCCUAUAUCCCAUGGUUUACAAAUUGGGCGCCAGGCUCAGGAAUAAUAAUAAUAAUAAUAAUAAUAAUAAUAAUAAUAAUAAUAAUAAUUCAUUAUUUAUACCCUGCCCAUCUGGCUGGCUUUCACCAGCCACUCUGGGCGGCUUCCAACAAAACACUAAAAUACAAUACCCUAUUAAACAUUAAAAGCUUCCCUAAACAGGGCUGCCUUCAGAUGUCUUCUAAAAGUUUGGUAGUUAUUUUUCUCUUUGACAUCUGGUGGGAGGGCAUUCCACAGGGCGGGUGCCACUACCGAGAAGGCCCUGUGCCGGGUUCCCUGUAACUUGGCUUCUCGCAGUGAGGGAACCGCCAGAAGGCUCUUGGUGCUGGACCUCAGUGUCUGGGCAGAACGAUGGGGGUGGAGACGCUCCUUCAGAUAUACUGGACCAAGGCCGUUUAGGGCUUUAAAGGUUAGCACCAACACUUUGUGCUCAGACACUUUGUGUCUCCCUCCAACCUGACACAACACUUUGUGAAUUGUGCUCAGAAACGUACUGGGAGCCAGUGCAGGUCUUUCAAGACCGGUGUUAUAUGGUCUCGGCGGCCACUCCCAGUCACCAGUCUAACUGCCGCAUUCUGGAUUAGUUGUAGUUUCUGGGUCACCUUCAAAGGUAGCCGCACGUAGAGCGCAUUGCAGUAGUGCAAGCGAGAGAUAACUAGAGCAUGCACCACUCUGGCGAGACAGUCCACGGGCAGGUAGGGUCUCAGUCUGCGUACCAGAUGGAGCUGAUAAACAGCUGCCCUGGACACAGAAUUUACCUGCGCCUCCAUGGACAGCUGUGAGUCCAGAAUGACUCCCAGGCUGUGCACCUGGUCCUUCAGGGGCACAGUUACCCCAUUCAGGACCAGGGAGUGCCAUGUUGCCCCACACCAGAGAACCAGUAGCUGCUGGGAGCUUGCUUCUCUUCCUAAUAAAAAGCCCAGCAAAACUGACAGCUUACCAUAUUUUUUGCCCCAAAAGACUCACUUUUUCCCUCCUAAAAAGCAAGGGGAAAUGUGUGUUCGUCUUAUGGAGCAAAUGCAGGCUGCGCAGCUAUCCCAGAAGCCAGAACAGCAAGAGGGAUUGCUGCUUUCACUGCGCAGCGAUCCCUCUUGCUGUUCUGGCUUCUGAGAUUCAGGAUAUUUUUUUUCUUGUUUUCCUCCUCCAAAAACUAGGUGUGUCUUGUGGUCUGGUGCGUCUUAUAGAGCGAAAAAUACGGUAAUUUUCUUCUUUUGGAAUAGCCUGGUUACUGUGUUUUUUAUAAGACCUUCCAUAUCCCCAUUCAGGCUUCCUAUCUAUCUGAGUGUUUGUGUCUUGUGUUGUGCUUCCGUCAACUAUUGGUACAGUGGUGCCCCACAAGACGAAUGCCUCGCAAGACGAAAAACCCGCUAGACGAAAGGGUUUUCCGUUUUUCGAUGCGCUUCGCAGGACAAAUUUCCCUAUGGGCUUGCUUCGCAAGACGAAAAUGUCUUGCGAGUCUUGAGAUUUUUUUCCCCUUUCCCCCCCCUUUUCCUAAGCCGCUAAGCCUUUAAUAGCCGCUAAACCGCUAAUAGCGCUAAGCCGCUAAGCCGCUAAUAGGGUUGCUUCGCAAGACGAAAAAACCGCUAGACGAAGAGACUUGCGGAACGGAUUAAUUUCGUCUUGCGAGGCACCAUUGUAUAGGCUGCCCUGCCUUAGAGAGGGCCUUUUGAGAGCUAUAUAUUUUAUGUAAGUCUUGAAACCCCCUUCAUAUUGAGUGGCCGCCUCCAAAGGCUACAGUUGAGUUGGGAAGCAGGACCAUUCCAGAAAGUUCUAUUUGGCUCUUCCUCUCUCGACUGUUUUCAUCCCAGCUGAUCAUUUUUAGAAGGACUGCUAUUAAAUUAGUGUCUGAGUUUAUAUCUUUGUCCUCUUCACUUUAUAAUCCUAUUUAAUCUUUUGCGCAAUAUAUAUAUUUUUUCUGCAGAUUUUAAGCCUGUGGAUAGGGACUGUCUUAUGAAUGCCACCCUGGAAGCCUUUUUCAGCUAAAUAGCUGGGUAAAGAAGUUUUUAAAAAGCAGACAGAAAGGCCUAGACGGGGCUGGAGCAGAGUCUACUUCACCCAAGUUGCCUCAGCACUUGCUGCCACCUCCCCUUGUCCUUGACAUGUUGUAUGCUGAAGAUAGACCUCUUUGAGACCCAAGAGAAUUUUUUUUAGGACCCACCCCCUUGUGACCAUAUUUCUUUAAAACUGCCUUUAAUGUUGUCUUUUAAAUUGUUACCUACCCUGGGACCUAAUGGCAAAGGGAUGUUGAGGAUGAUGGUGCUACUACUACUAUUACAAAUAAUAGUAUUGAUUAAUUCCACCUACGCCUUGGCCAUCUUGGCAAGCAUUCUUUAUAGAUAAUAAUAGAAUCAUAGAAUCAUAGAGUUGGAAGAGACCACAAGGGCCAUCGAGUCCAACCCCCUGCCAAGCAGGAAACACCAUCAGAGCACUCCUGACAUAUGGUUGUCAAGCCUCUGCUUAAAGACCUCCAAAGAAGGAGACUCCACCACACUCCUUGGCAGCAAAUUCCACUGUCGGAGCCCCGAUGCCUCUCCCCUGCCCCCAGCCAUGUAAAUGAGGAUACCAGAGUUUACGCUGUUGUUUGGGUUGAGCGCAAGGAGUCAACAACAGAGGACUUGAAUCUGGGCUUCCUUGCUGCUCGGCAUUCCACCAUGCCAUCUCUGGAGCAGCCGCAUGUUUGUGGCCUGGUAGUUGGCUGCUUGUAUGUGCAGGAGUAGUUAUGCAUGCUGUGUUGACUUACGCUGGUUUGAUGGUGCUGGGGCCCAGCAGCAAAAGUGUGGGAGGUUGACUUUUCAAAGACUUCCUUCCAAGCAAUAUUCCUUUCCUUUGAAGACACAGCACGAUCAUUUGCAGGCCUUGGUCGAUACUGCUUCUUAUCAGUUGUCACUAUGCUUGAGAAGACAGCAAGUGCUGUGAGCACAAGUUAUCUUUAAGCCCUUUUGGACAACUUUAGCAGGUCGUUUCUUUUUUCAUGUAGGGCAGGAGUGGAGAAUCUUUUUGGCCCAGCAGGCCAGAUCUUUCUCUCCCACACCCAUGGGCUAGCUUUGACAGCUGGGCAGAACCAUCUACCUGCCAAUCAUCUGAGGUCAUAAUGUGGGGGGAAAUAGUGACCAAGCAGGAUAGAACCCCUGGACAAUCAGCUAAUGAGCUGCAGGGGGAUCGGGUCAAUCAUACUUUCUGCCAUAUCGAACCUGCCCAUCAGCUGACAUCACCUGCCCAUUGAGGUGAUAUCACCUUAUUGUCAGGUGGGCGUGGCUUCAGAAAAUUGGAACUCUGGUGGACCAGGAUUGGUCCGAGGUUCCCCAGCCCUGAUGUCCUGUUGAGACUUUUCAGAAUCUUUCAUCUGUACCAAAGGUGUGUCUCCCUCGGGAGGUUGUGGACUCUCCUUCCUUGGAGGCUUUUAAGCAGAGGUUGGAUGGCCGUCUGUCAUGGUUGCUUCAGCUGAGAUUCCUGCAUUGCAGGGGGUUGGACUAGAUGACCCUUGCGGUCCCUUCCAAUUCUAUGAUUCUAUAAAUAGCUGGCACUUCCAUUUUCACCUACCAACAACUCUUGUUACAGGCACCCGUGCGGAAUCCUGAGCAAUUCAGAGCCCUUGGCCUCUCGGCUCCAGCUGGUGUGCUGCUUGCUGGCCCUCCUGGUUGCGGCAAAACGCUACUUGCUAAGGUAACGUUGAUAUAAUCAUAGUAACAGCUUGUACUAAGGGAUAUGGAAUCACAUUAAAUGGGUGUCUCACAUCUGGAGCUCCACUGUGUGUCUUGUGUCCGAACCAGCUUGGGCCUCUUGAGUAUGCUUUGGACUUGUGGGUCUCUCCUGAAGAUCAUUUUGCACUUGUUUCUGUGCUGCAGGUGUAAAGCAACCAGGCAUUGCUACGAAGUAGUGGUGUGAAGUACCGUAUUUUUUGCACCAUAACACUCACUUUUUUCCUCCUAGAAAGUAAGGGGAAAUGUAUGUGCGUGUUAUGGAGGGAAUGCCUAUGGGUGGCAUGCCUACGGAUUUUCCUCCUCUAAAAACUACAUGCGUGUUAUGGUCGGGUGCGUGUUAUAGAGCGAAAAAUACGGUACUCCUACAAGAUGCACUGGUGGCCACUAAUUUAUGUGACUUGGAAAGGGUAUUGCCAGGCUUCAGGGACUUGGCGUUCUCCUACCCUUUGGCAGUAGAUAAGCAGAACAAAGCGAGAGGAGUGUCUUACCAGUUAGACAUUUUAAUUAUCAUAGCGAGAGAACAAAGAAUUGAUCUCUAGGAAUGAAGGUGUUCACCCAAUUAAGGAUUCCACCCACUUCCCCCCUUGUCACUUCUGUGUCUUGCAGCCUGAUCUCGCAGCCACUGUGCUUUCUGUGCUGCCGCCUUAUCUGCUCUCCUUGAUCUUGGACUGAGCAGAUGGAUGCUUUCCAGCAAAAGGGAGUCUGUUAACUCUCUCUCUCCCAGUUCUUCUUCUCCUAGCUGUUCACCACCCAGUUCUUCCCAACUUCGGUCUUCUGAACUAUGUCCCUCUGCAAGCCAAAUCUAUACUGUCCUCCUCCUGGGAAGAUUCAGGAUCCUGAGCAGGGGGAGGCUCCCUCCAUUCCUCCUCAGUGCAGCCCUCCUCAGCACGAUCCCUGACAUGUAUUGAGUAAAUUCAUGGAGGAUAGGGGUCUCAGAGGAUAUUGGUCCUGAUGGUUAGAAGGGAAACCCCCAUUCUUCCCAUUUCCCCCUCAUUCGCAUACAGUGAUGUGACCUGGUUUUCCCUAACCUGGUGUCCUCUAGAUGUUUUGGACUGCAGCAUAGCCAAGUAGCCAGGGAUGGCACUUGGUUGUACCAGGUCACACCAUUUUUAACCAGCUCGGUCUGCAGAGCUUUCGGUCAUGUAAGUGGUUUGCUGCGCCUCUUUCUGAAUUGUGUUACUCAUUUUCUUUGUAGGGAGAUGAUAGUUCAGGGAAAGGACUCUGGCUCCAUGACAAGAGUACAUGCUUGUAUGGAGAAGAUCCCAGGUUCAGCCCCUUACAUUCCCCUCUUAUAGGGCUGGGGUAGAUUCCUGGAAGCCACUGCCAUCAUUGUUAAUAACACUGAGCUAGAUGGACAAAUGUUCUGAUUCUGUAUAAGGGAGCACCCUGUAUUCCUGGGUUAUAUUUUUGUGUGUUUUUAAUGUUUGGUGUAUUGUUAGAUGCCUGAAGGGUCUUCAUGGAUGCAAAGUGAGGGCAAAAUAUGUUGAUAAAAUUAGUAUAUGCAUCUCUUUAUUUCCUUGCCUCUUCCCCAGGCUGUGGCAAAUGAGUCUGGACUGAAUUUCAUAUCCGUGAAAGGCCCUGAACUGUUGAAUAUGGUAAGUUCUGUUUGUUGUGCUCAGUUGUCACUGAUCUGGGGUUUGCAGGGAACGUGAAAUGUUUUGAUGCUCAGCCCAAAUUGACUUUACCAAAUCCAUACUAUUAGAAUGCGUUUUUACAGUGGUCUGUUAGAGCUGCUGGCCUGCAAGUGAAAUGACAAGUUGAAUUUGGUAGUUUAAUUCUAGCCUAAUUCUAUGCACCUCUAAUGGUUUAGGGUGAGAGGAUGCUUUCUUUUUAAAAAAAAAAAAAAAAUUAUUAACUGGCCAAUCACAUCAAAUUAAAUUAAAUCAUAUCACAUAAAUUCCGAAUUACAAAGCCGAAUUUUAAAUUUUGUUGGGGGGACCCAUAUUUCAAGAUCCGAAGGGGAAUUCUGAUCAUCUUCUUGCUGCUGCGUUAAUGUCCCAAUCAGUCCAAAUCAGUCCAAACAGAGUUCAUAAUUCUAUCCCAUCUUAUCGUGCUGUUUCCACAUCACAUCUUGUUCAUAUAUUUUCUCUUUUUUCUUUAUGAUCUCUUCUGAUAGUCUCCUUAAGCCGAUAAACACCAAGGGUGAGAGGAUGCUUUCGGCAUGCCCUCUGGUUAGAGAGGGCUUGCUUGAAGCUCACAAAAGUUAAAAUCUUAAGCGUCCUUCCCCAGCCUUCUGUUUCAGAUGUUUUGAACUGCAACUUCCAUCAACUGUAGCUGGCAUGGCUAAGAUGACUGAAGCUGAGGGAAAUUACAGCUCAAAAUAUCUAGAGGGCACCUGGUUGGAGAAUACUGAUCUUGAGGGUAAAGCAAUAUCUGAACAGGUCCUUUUGACAAGCCUGUUCAAAUGAUUGGGCAUAUGAUACUUAUCUUAAAGAUCUUACAGUGAUUUCCCCUCCUUCCUCUGUCCUUUUCCAGUAUGUGGGGGAAAGCGAACGUGCUGUACGUCAGGUUUUCCAGCGUGCAAGGAAUUCAGCGCCUUGUGUCAUAUUCUUUGACGAAGUUGAUGCUUUGUGUCCCCGGAGAUCAGACCGUGAGGUGAGCCUAAAAACACUUCCACCAAUAGCUUAGAUCCACUGGAGGACUGGGGGAAUAUGUAAAUAGGUGUCUUUUGUCAGAUUUAUUUGCUUUCACAAUAAUCCUAUGAACUGGCUGUUAUUCCUAGAAAAGAAAUUAAGUAACCUGCUCAAACCUCCAUAAUUACUUUCUGGCACAGUCGAGGCCUCAGGCCACAUCACCUAAACUAACCUGCACACUGAUUCAUUUAUCCCCUGCUUUAAAGUUGUUAAAUUUUUAAAUAGCAGCAACUUCCUUUAUUUUCUCCUUGCCAAAGUAACAUCCCAAUGCAAAUCCUAUGGGAACCAAAGUUCCGGCACAGUGGUCUCGCACAAGAUGCAAAAUAUUCACCAUAGUUAGUGACUGGAAGGCCUAAAAGUGUGAUCCCGACCUGAGGACCUCAACCAAAGAUGCUCUUGUUUAUAAGACUUGCCAGGUUCUCUGUCACAUUGCGACUCUUUGCACCUGGAAGACAGCAGACCUCCAGGACAACCCUUAACCUCUACAAACUGCUGCCCUUGUGCCCCUCAGUCAGGAGUCAUCUACCACCACCCCAUCUCUUUUUCUCUGGGAAGUGGCAGGAAUCAUUCCAUACAUGGUACCUUCCACAGCCAUCUCUGUGUAUUCUGAGGUCUGCAACUGCUUAGCACAUUCAGUCUCAAAGCAGGCUAACUUUAACCCACUGGUUUUGAAGCUCUGUUGUGUAAACUAACCAUAGUUACUGUAAACCAGAUAAAAACAGCAAUCUGCAUUUAAGAGAAACAAAAAGGCUCAUUUGUGAGGGGAUGGGCUAGCAAUUGAUUAGUUUACCUGGACAAACAAGAGCUUAAACUAGUGCUUAGUAUUUUUUACUCCAUCUUUCACUUGAAACAGCUCCCAGAACGUGUUACAGGUACUAGUAAUAAUAUUAACAAGGCUAUGGAAAUGCUGGAUGACCCUAGAACGUGGAUGGUGGACUGCAUCCUUAGGACCUCCCCACUUCCAAGUUUGACAGAAGGGUGGAGCCACCCCUUUAUGACACUGUGACUAUCUCAGUUCCUCUCAGCUGGUCAGCAGUGUGAGUCUGCUAAGAUGCGCUGUCAGCAUCAAUCAGUUUCUUUUUAACAUCUUUUUGUCAUCUUUUCAAUUCACUGCAUAGUCGGGUGCCAGUGUCCGUGUAGUGAACCAGUUGCUAACAGAGAUGGAUGGCCUGGAAUCUCGUCGUCAGGUUUUCAUCAUGGCAGCCACCAACAGGCCAGGUAAGAAUGGUUAAAACAGUUGUAGCUCCACCUUAGGAGCCUUGUGUGGGUGUCUGUUCUGCCACAUGUACACGUGUCUGAAAUCAGCAGCUUAAGUACGACAUAUGUUAAUUGGGUUGUUGUUUUUAUUUUGAUUAUAUAUAUAUAUAUAUAUAUAUAUAUAUAUAUAUAUAUAUUGUGAUUUUUAUGUUGAUCUUGUUCUGUGAGCUGCUCUGAGACCUCCAUGUAUAGGGCAGUAUAUAGAUUCAAUAAAUAAGAAUAAGAAUAAAUAAGAAUAAUGUAUGUGGUUUAUACACACAAUCACAGGGAAAUUGUGUGUGUAAAGCAGCAGUUAUUUUAGGGAUUUGAGAAGCAACACACUGUGUGCAUUUGAAUUUUGGUGCCUCUACUUACCGUAUUUUUCGUCCCAUAGGACGCUCCGUCCCAUAGGACGCACCUAGGUUUUUUGGGGGGAAAUAAAGGCUCCCCACGCUGCGGAUGUCUGCCUGGUGCGAGGGGCGCUCUGCUUCAGGGCGCCCCGCCCACCGGGCGGCAGGCUGCUAUCUGCAGCAUGGGGAACCCUGCGGGGACCUCCCACAGGGCUGCCUAGGCUGCGGAUGUGUUCCCGAAGCCCCGGGCACUCUGCUUUCAGGGCCCCCGGCGCUCCGGGAAGCAGGCUGCUAUCCGCAGCCUAGACAUCCCUGCGGGACCUCCCACAGGGCUGCCUAGGCUGCGGAUGUGUUCCCGAAGCACCUGUGUCCUUCUUUUGACUUCAGGAUGCUGAGUCAUCAGAUGUCUGCUACUAAUCUAGAGUCCUUUUUUUUAGAGUUAACUGUGCCAGCUACCUAAAAUAAACACACCACUUGCUUCUGGGUAAUCAACAUAAUAUGUGCAUAAACCCAUAAUUUCGCAGUAAAGAAGAGCUAUGUAGUUGUGGUAAAUGAUGGCAUUCCUUCUUUCUGGAGAGAAGGCACUUUGAGAAAUGUCGUUUUCUGUUCUCAAAAGCUUCCUGUGGUCUGCCUUCUGGGUGUGUCUUCCUUGUGUGCUUCCAGUUUUGAAUCCAGAGUCUAAAUAGGAUUUUACCGUUUCUCUAUCAGAUAUUCUAGAUCCAGCUAUUUUGCGCCCCGGAAGACUGGAUAAAACACUCUACGUCGGUUUGCCACCGCCUUUGGAUCGCCUUGCCAUUCUAAAGACUAUUACUAAAGUAAGUGUGUGUGUGUGUGUGUGUGUGUGUGUGUCUGUGUCUGUGUAUAUGUGUGUGUGUGUGUGUGUGUGUGUGUUUAAAGUAAUUUUCCCUAGAGCUUUACCUUACUCAGAAUAGUUAAACGUAAACUGAAUGCAUAACAUAAUGUUCUGGAUUAGACGGUCCUUUUAAUUAUUAUUUUUUGUGCUGUUUUUAAUCAUUUUAAUGGUUUUUAUAUUGCUGUACACCACCCUGAUAUUUUAUGAGGGGGCAGUAGGCAAAUCCUUUUAUAGAUAAUUAUGUAGAAAAGUUAUGUAUGUUGACAUGGAAGGAUGCGCCUCCUGCUGGGAAACAUCAUCCCAGUUUUCCCCCACAAACUUCCGCUGAAGGAUUUAGCCCUGUUUAGCUCUGAAACUCUUUCAGCCUAACCUGCUUUACAAGGUUGCUGGGUAGAUAAAAUUGGUGGUGGAAAGAUGGGGUUAAAAGAUGAUGAAAUAACUCCUGGGAAAAAUGGCAGUAUAGCGCUGUCAGGUAUAAAUGGAACACCUUGCCCUUGUUGCUAAAACUUGGAGAGAGGUGAAGAACAUCACCAUUUGAAAUUUAUUUAAAUUCAAUUAGCUAAUGUGAAAUGAAAUGUUUGAUCUGCUGUCUUGCAUCACAUGCUGAUGUCUAAGAAUGCGAGGCUAAAGGACUCCAGUAAAUACUGUCUUUUGGAGUACUUUCAAGUACAGUCAUACCUCAGGUUGAAUACGCUUUGAACUGAGCGCGUUUGAGUUGCGCUCCGCAGCAACUGGGAAGUAACGGAGCACGUUACUUCCAGGUUUCGCCGCAUGCGCAGACGCUCAAAAUGACGUCACGUGCAUACACAGAAGCAGCAAAAAGCGACGUGCGUGUGCGCAGACGUGCCAUCACUAGUUAUGUUUGCUUCUAGAUGCGAACGGGGCUCCGGAAUGGAUCCCGUUCAUAUCUAGAGGUACCACUGUAGUAAAUUGUGGAUUAAAAAGGUAAAGGUAAAGGACCCCUGACAGUUAGGUCGAGUCGCGAACGACUCAUCUCACUUUACUGGCCGAGGGAGCUGACGUUUGUCCGCAGACAGUUUUUCCGGGUCACGUGGCCAGUAUGACUAAGCCGCUUCUGGCGAAACCAGAGCAGCGCACAGAAACACCGUUUACCUUCCUGCCGGAGCGGUACCUAUUUUAUCUACUUGCACUUUGACAUGCUUUUGAACUGCUAGGUUGGCAGGAGCAGGGACCGAGCAACGGGAGCUCACCCCAUCGCGGGGAUUCGAACCGCUGACCUUCCACAUGGUUCUGCUCUCGAUUUUAUCCUCAUAAUAACCCUGAGAGACUGAAUUCAGUGGAUUUCACAGCUACUAAUGGUUAAGCUUGAGUUUUCAUAGCAUGUCCAAAUGGAGCAAAUUACUUCAUGUGGCCAUAUUAUCUCAACAGUUUGUGAUCUGGACUCCUUUGAUCACUUCUUCUGUGGAAACUUGAAGAAAACAAAUCUCCGAUGCAAUUUGUACUUGUGUGCAAGAACAUUAUGUGUUGUGCUAGCAACCCUAUUAAUUGCUUUUCUGUUCAAAAUGUUCUCAAGUCGUAAGUGAAAAAUGAUUAAACACCACUUUGCAAGUAACUGAAUUUGUUUAAACACAAUGUGCACAUAUUUGUCGCUUUCAGAGCUGACACAAUGAGUGUGUUUUGUGCGUUCUGUAUCUGAGUACAGAAUGGUGUUUUUUAAAGCUACUUAGACUGGUAGAGAUUAAUGAAAUGUUUUCCUGGAAAAAAGUGAAGGGAUUGGGUUAAUGAAUGUGGGUGCUGCUCUUUAGCUCAAGUUGUGUUAAGGAAAUUAGCAAAACUGCAUACAAAGCUGGUUCUGUACAAGAUUGGAAGAAGACAAUGCUUGUCUUGCUGUAAAUGGAAUAAAGCGUGUUUUGGCUUGUUCCUACAUAUCUAAAUGCAGGCUUGAAAUUUAGUCACUGAAAAACGUUUCCCAGGCAGGCAAUUUUCCAAACAAUUUCUCAAGCUGCCUUUCUGAUGCAUAAGUAUAUAAGUAGUUGGUGCCUGGCUGGUAGAACUUGUUUGUGGACUGCCAAAUUUUUUCUUCCUUAUUGAAAGUCUGGUGAUUGUAUUCUUCCCAGUGCUGUUAGGAUUUUUAGCUGUUGCCUAAGCCAGUGUCCUUUAUGUCUGCAAAUUUAGAUAUGUCAUGCAUGUUGACAGAGGGCUCUUUGAUGCAGCAGACGCUUCCUUCAGUGGGAAGGGAGACAAUCUUUUUUCCCAGUUCAUACUACCCACUCUAGAACCACAUGCCACAUUGUUCCACAAGUGUCCCACCCCCACCCCCCUGGAUUCAGGGUCUGAAGAGGAUGAAGGAUUUGCAAAACUUGCCUUCCUCCCUGUUACACAGCUUGAUGGUGGCCUCCACUGGGUCAAAGUGCCUUCCAUCAGCAGAAAAACACUGCUGAAUAAAAUCCCAUGCUUUCUGUGUUUUAUGUGGAAACAACCAAGCAAUGUUUCACAUAGUUCUCUCUUUAGUCAUGCCGUUUGGUACUAGUGGUUGUAUUUUUUAAAACAACAUUAUAGACUUGUUAACUUGUUUGUGAGGCUUUUGAUUCAGUGUUUUUCCUGUUGUUUAUUUCUUCUUUAAAAGUAUUUUAAAUCCUUGAGGACAGUGAGUAAUUUAAGAACCUCAUAAAGCCCUGGUGGCAAAUAACAACAUCUUGCUGGCAUCGAAUCAAGAAACCCGGGUUAAGAAACUGUGAGUGCCCCAAGCCAGCCAUGGGUGUUCCUGAGAAGCUUACUGAAUAGUUUGUGUGACUGAUUAGUAGCUUGGAGGGAGGACUUUGGAAAGCCACUCCCUCCUUGACAGUUUGGUUUCUCCAUUUGGCUGUUGGGGAUCUUGCCAGGCCACACCCUUUGCCAGUCCUGAUUUGCAUCCUCCUUGUGUUUUUCCCCAGGUGUGAUCAUGCCUCUUUCUUGCCUGGGUGGAGGAGCAUGGGAUUGUGUGUUGAGACUGGCCUACCGUACAAACACAAAAUUCACAUUCAUUUCUCUCUGCACUGUUCAUCCUGCCCCCACCAACCACCUGCCGUAUCCAACCCUGUCCCCAGAAUGGAAUAAUGCAGUCCUUGGGCUGAAAAAUGUACCCCAUCCCUGCUGUAGGAUGAAACGAUUGCUCCGUGGGUGGUUGCAGUUGAUGCCCUAUGUCUCUAAACAUUUCCCCGGUUGUCACCUUUUAUAGGAUGGAACCCGACCCCCGCUUGACACUGAUGUGGACCUUGAAGAAAUUGCUCAUAAUCCCUGCUGUGAUAGUUAUACGUAAGUAAAUUUCUCUUUUUUAUCUUCCAUUGCCACUUGUAGGUAGUGUUGGUCCUUCUAUGAUACCGCCUUAUCAGUAGUAGAAAAUAAACACAUCACUCCAAAUCCUCAUCUUCUUGCCUUUUUAUCUCCAUUAACACAUCUGCCUAAUGUUCCAGAUUUCUUUGAAUCUUCCUGUUUAUGACACUGAAAUGCAUUAGGUUCUGCAUAGCAAAAACCUCUGUGCCUAGUUUACGUUUAUUUUGAAAGCAAGUGUACUUCUGUAAAAUGUGUCAAGGAGGCUUGCAGCAUAUGCUUACAGAAUCUAAAUUAACACAUGUUAAUCCCAGUUUGCCCCCAAAAUAUAUAAAAAGAGCACAUCUCAGACUAACCGGCACACCUUGCUGAAUGGAAAUAAUUUUAUUUAAAUGUCUGUUCAGUGACAUUUUAAUGCCCAUAUUCGUUCCGCUUCUGCUGUUACAACUCUCCUUUGGGAUAAAAAAUGCGCCCUAAAAUGACUCAUUGGCUUUUUGUUGUUUGUUUUUAUAGGGGAGCAGAUCUUUCAGCUCUAGUGCGGGAGGCCUCUGUCUGUGCCCUGAAAGAGGAGAUGGCAGUGCUGAAUGCCACAGACAGGAAAGGUAAGGAAGAGGAUAUUAAACAGAAUAACUUGAAGAGAGAGCAAGUUGAAAGAUUUUCUUUCUUCUUUUUUGGGGACAUAAUUUCUUUUUGAAACUUUUCAUCAUACAAUACAAUACAAGACAAACUAAAUAAAAUAAUGUAACCAAAAGAGAAAGAGAACGGUAGAUUUUAACCCUUGUCUCACAAAGAAGCUCUCCCCUUUUGGCGGCUCCAUUACUGUCACUGUGUUUACUGUUAUGAGAGGGAGUGAUAAUAUAGAACUCUGAAUCUGGGAUAACCUCUACAUGCCGACUCUUUUGGGAUUCCCAUCUAGACUGACUGACCAACUAUGCUGAAGGGGCUAGCUGGGAGAGCAACUCGAGCCAUGUGGCUCUAUCCUUGUCCAUACAGAAAGGCUGCUUCACACACAAGCAGCUGUAACAAUUAUUUCAAGUGGCAGUGUACGAUCGAGCAGCGAAUAUUCUCCACCCUUUCCUCUGCAUGUGGUUAGAGGCUUUGUGAAAUGAGACUGUGAGACACAUCACAGCAAUAUCAUUGCAGCCUUUGUUCACUGACUUUGUAGAGAAGCCAAGAAUCAAUGGCAGCUGUUGCUCUCACCUAAAUGCUUUGUUUACACCAGGAGUUUCCUCUCAAAAUAAUAUAAAGAUUUCAGGUUAAGGUUGCUUUAGAAUAUUUAAGCAGAUUCAAGAUUUUUAAACUGGCAAUCUUCAAAACUUUAAAACUACCAUUUAGAUUAGUUUAGUGAACUAUCAGGAAGCAGGUGGGAGGGAUUUUUUUCCUUAUUUCUGAUUGGUGCUUGCCCGUAAAUGUAGAAUGAAGUCCUUCAGUGCUGAUGCAAAUAUGUCAGAUGUUAUGCUGGGAGCUGAAACAAAUAAAAUGAAUUAUUGCAUGUUUUUGGACUAUUUUACGAGUCAUCGCUUCCCUUUGUGAUUUGCCAGAGUUUGAUGAGGAACAGCCAGUUACAACUAAUUUGUGUUAGUUUGGAAUGUUCUACUAGUCAUGGAGCUUGUUCUGUUGUACCUUCCAAAUUUGUGCUUUGAUCUCCCUGUAGCCCGUGAAGUUGACAGUUCAGAGAAAAUCCUUGCAUACAGCAACGUACACAGAGUUUGUGGCUGGAUGCAUGGCUCCGGAGAUGUAGACCAUUAGUUAGUUACAUAAACGUUUCAAGGCAGUAGGUUUAAAAAACUGUUCUUCCUGUUAGCAGAAUACUGGAGUUGGACCAUUCUUCAUUUUAAAAACCUAUUUCUAAAGAAGACCUGGAUGGGCCAAUUUACUUGGUGUUAGAUACCAACAAUACAUCAUUUUCAUAUAAUUUUCUCUUCAACCAUAACAUGCUGUCAAUUUUAUAUCCAAAUUCCACGAAGAACCGUAAAAAUGAUGUCAGAUUUUUGGGUGCACUAAGGAGAUUGUUCCUUUGGGCAAGCAUUUCUCCUCACCUGGUGGGACAGUCUCCCCCUCCUCCCCCUGAAUGCUUUUCUGGGGGUUCUCCAGACCCUCCAGAGUCAAUCUGGGGGAGCCAUGGGGGGAAGGGAAAGAAUCCCAUUGUGCUAGCAGGAGCCCUUAUUCUGGCUCCCGUCAGAGGAGCAGGGUAGUUGAAUCCAGCCCUUUGUUUAUAAAAAAUUGCGCAAUCUCUUUCUACUGUUGAGAGUAGGAAACUUAGGAGCCUUUUUAUCCAUUUGAGCUUGGAAGUGCCUAGAAGGCAAGUAGUGGGAAGCUCAAUCUCUGGGCAAUCUUCAUUGUUAAGGGCGUUUGAUGCUUUCAUUAUCCUCUUCCCAAAACUUAUUUUGUUUAUAGCCUUAAGUUUCAUUUCAUUACAGUUCAUUAUGUAUACUGUGGAAGCAUGUUAACCUUCUCCUGUUGUACUGUAUUGUUCGCAGGAGAAAUCAAGAUUGCCAGAAAACACUUCGAAGCAGCUUUCAAGAAAGUUAAAUCUUCUGUAUCGAGAAAGGUGAGAGGUGCUCUAGGCCAGCUGGUGACUUAAGCUGGGAGUGGCACAGAAUGCUAAGGAUUGUGCAAAGGAAUAUGAGGCAACCAAUUUCCCCUUCACUCUUGUCCAAACAAGUCUGAUCUGGGGGAAAACCAUGCAUCUGCCUUGGUGUUAGUGGGAGGGAAUCUUACUGGCACAUGGAGAAGGAAGGCUCUGGACACUGCCUCCUCAGCGGCUGGGAUCUUUAAAAAGCCAGUAAAUUAGCCACUUUGCCUUUCCCUAGGUUUCUUUUGUAAAUGUUGAAACACAAUCUUUGCCACUAGGUAAAAGUUUUCCUUAUGGUACAGUCGGCUAAAAAGCCUUACUGAAUGAGUUUGUUUCUGUUUUUCCUCCCUUCACCGGCAUCCUUAGGACCAAAUAAUGUAUGAAGAGCUGCGCAAGUCACUGAGCAGGUGAUAGCUGGAUCAUCCCUAAUACCCAACAUGUUGCUUAACCUGAGGAGCUCUCCCAGUGGACUAUUUUCCAGAAGCAUCUUCAUGGCUUGGACUUAACCUUGGUUUUGCUUGCUUCAACAUUGCUGGACUCCGUUUCUGAGAGAAGUUCUAUCACAUUGUAUAGUAAUUAACAUUUGGCCACAACCUUUCAAACUGGUCUCCAGGAUAUGGCCAGAAGAUACAUGAUGUGGCCAUCUGGCUGAAACUAAGCAACCCUGGAUCUGGUCAGAACCCCCAUAUAUGCCAUGGAUUCUGUGAUGGAAGAAAGUGCAAGAUGUAAAUGUUGUUUUAAAAAUAUGCUGUCAGCUGUCAUGGGCUUCUCCCCAUCACUCUUCAGAUGUUAAAUUUUUCUUUCCGCUAUGAGACAUUUGAUUAAUCUUGUUAGUGUCCUGCCUGUAAACUGAACCGGUUAAUACACAAAGAAGCAAUAACAAGUCACCCUACCGCAUCAAGCCUAGCCCAGAUAGCAGGGAUGGGGGACCUGUGAUGCUCUAGAUGUUGGGACUGUAGUUUCCAUCAGCCCCAGAGAGCAUGGCCAAUUUCCAAGGAUGAUGGGAGUUGCAAUCCGGCAUUGGGCUGCAGGGUGGGCACAAGUUCCCUAUCCCCGUCUUACCCCACAGACAGGAAAACAGCCAGGCAGGUAAUAGGAGUAAUGUUACCAUGAGGGUAGUUACUCUGCCACCUACUACGCCCUUCCAAAAAAAAGUGGGCAGCAGGGCCCAGCUGAGGAGAGGGGAAAUUGUGCUGUUGGGCAAGCAGAAAUGCUUUCGCUAGCAGAAAAAUAUCCUUAAACCUACAUUGAAAACUUAAGGAAAAACAGCUUUUUCUCUGUGGGGAAGCUUCACAUUAUUUAAAGAAGUCUGCUUGUUUGCUUUAAAAAUACCACAUUCUUUCCCAUACUAGUUUUAUGUGUAUGACUUAAAACAAGGGAAUAUUAGAAAAAAUUGGGUGCAGUGGGCUGAAGAAGCAAGACUAAAGCCAAGCGCCUGUAGGAUCUGUCAUUUGAUCCACCCAUGACCAAUCCAGACAAUGCAAAGGAGACCCUCACAGCAGUGUACAAGGACUUUUAGAUAGCAACCAUUAAUCAGCUGCAUGGGUGUCCUAAGAACAUGGCUUUAUUAUUGCAGAAUCCUCUGCUUCCCACACAUAGAAAGCACACAGACUUUGCUUUUCCAUGUGGUCUGGUGUGAAAGUCAGAUAUGAUUGGAUUUUUUAAAAAUGCAUGUUUUCAAGCAUCAGCAAAGCAGUAAAACAAAAAAAGUAACUUGAGAAUAAAUAAUACAGAGCUUGUAUUACAGAGAAACAGCCAUCUGUAAUGUGUUCCUCAAAGAGGUUCAGUGUUCAGCUUAGGAUGUAUUUCCAUAGAUUACUGGGUGUUAAGGAAUGCAUCCAUAUUCCAAUGUAUUUGUGUACAUAAUAAAGCACAUUUCAUAAAAACUGC